AUGGCCGAGUCGGUGAUCGAGCUGAAAUGCAAUUGCAACAACUACCCCUGGGGCAAGACGGGUCGCGAGUCGCUGGCCGCGCGGCUCUGCUCCAAGACGAACCCUGAUUUCCAGCUCGAUGACUCCAAGGAGUAUGCCGAGAUGUGGAUGGGCACGUACCCGGAACUGCCAUCCUACUCGCUCAAGACGGGCGAGGAUUUGAAGGACAUCCUGACACAGCACAAGGACGAACUGAUCGGGAAACAAGUGUACGACAAGUUCGGAGCCGACCUGCCUUUCCUCCCCAAGAUCCUGUCCAUCGCAAAGGCGCUGCCGCUGCAGAUUCACCCGGACAAGAAACUGUCGGAGAAACUGCACAGGGAGAACCCGGACCAGUUCACGGAUCCCAAUCACAAGCCCGAAAUUGCUGUCGCUCUGUCCAAAUUCGAGGCCUUUGUCGGGUUCAAACCCCUCGCGGACAUUCAGGAUUUGAUGAAGUUGGAGAUUCUGCGGCCGUUCCUGCCCAGCACCACCGAGGGUCCGACGUUGAGCGAUGAUGAGACUCUGCGGCAGAUUUGUACAAACAUGCUCAAGGCAGAGGAGGAUCUCGUGGCAAAGACGAUGAAGGGCCUGUUGGCGACGCCAGUUCAACAAUACGGGAAGCAGGCGUAUGUGCUCGAUCUGGCCAAGAGAUUGCAGGAGCAGUACGGCAAGCAGGACAACGGGAACCUUGUGGCGCUGGUGUGUAUGAAUUUCUUGGUGUUGGAAGCAGGCUCGGCACUAUACAUCCCUGCGGACGGUAUUCACGCUUACCUCUCGGGCGACAUCGUCGAAUGCAUGGCGAGGUCGAACAAUGUCAUCAACACGGGAUUCUGUCCCAGAGCGGAUCGCGAUUCGGUCGACCUGUUCGCGAAGGCAUUGACCUUCAAGCAACACGACCCGUCGGAACCGAUCCUUAAGCGACAAGCCAGCGAUAAGAGUCGGAACGGCAAGACGGACGAGUUCAAGCCGCCGAUGAGCGAGUUCAACAUGCUUGUCACGGAGCUCUCGGGUGGAGAGAAGGAGGUGGUCAAGCAGAUCGCGGGACCCAGUAUUAUGGUCGUGACGGACGGGAGCGGGAAAAUGAAUGUAGGCGGGCAGGAAUAUGGCCUGCACGAGGGGAGCAUCUUCUUCGUGGGCCAUGGUGUUGAGGUUGAGAUGGCGGCGCAAGACAGGAUGGUCGUGUAUCGGGCGUAUGCGGACUGA